UAUUGUCAUGAAGUAGGCAAACCAAAGACUCUACCCCUCAGGACGGUCUGGCACCACCAGCGUCUCCCACUCCACCUUGUCUUGCGAAGAUCACCUUUCCGUCUUCGAGAUAUCCGACUUUUCAUGCUUUUUUUGCAAGCUACAACACUCAAAGAUGAGUGCUGAGAGUUGCGCCCGACUUCCAUUGACGAGGUUUCAGUGGUCCAUUUGCACUUGCUAGAGGAUGGACCGCAGCAACUGGUCUGGGUACAGGAAUCAUCCAUCGACAAUUCCCUCCACACCCCCGAGUAUAGCUGAAGUCGCCGAUUUCGUCGAUUGGCUGGUUGCUGAAAAGCAUGUCACACAUCCCGACGGGCACACCGUUCUGUUUGAAGACGACAAGUCUGGCCCAGUUUCUCUCGUCUAUCGCACUCCCGACGCUAAUGUUAUCGCCGUCGCCAACCAUGGUUCUGCACAUAUCCCGUCUAUUCAUCUGUCUCAGCUCUGGAAAGCUGCCCACCCAUCCCUGCAACCCCUGCAUCGUACUUCCCCGUUCCGGAGGUCGCAAUCGAGUGCCGCUGGGUCUACCCCUGCUUGCUGUAGCGAUCACCAGUGUAAUACUGUGUCCUUCUCAACUCCUUCACAUGAAUACAAACACUUGCGUUUCCGUCGUCGAAAGUCCUUCCACGCACAAGGUUCUCCUGCAGCAACUCUUCGAAUGUAUGUCCUUUGUCUGGGUUAGCUGACCAGAUGCUUUCAGUUGCUGAGCCCAUGUGCCACAACAAUGGUAAGUGAGAUCCGUUGCCGUCCCGAAGAUACGCACAAACAUGUCGUGACAGACCUGGAUACAAACUCAUCCAGGUUCGCUCGAUCCGUAAGGUCCAGGUGCGGCUCUUGAGUUCGCUGCGUUACUCCAUACUGUCGUUUUCGAUUCGCCUGCAGGUGUUAAUUUAGAGAAUCUGGGAUGAACAUUUUCAUCGAGCACG